AUGUCAGGAGGUGUUGAUUCAAGUGUUGCUGCUGCUUUGUUAAAAAGUAAAGGAUUAGAUGUUGUUGGCAUUUUUAUUCGAAACUGGAUAGAAGAUAACAGUUUUUGCUCCUUUGAAAAAGAUUUUUUAGAUGUUCAAAGAGUUUCAAAAGUAUUAUCGAUGCCAGAGCCAUAUUAUGUUGAUUUUUCACGAGACUAUUGGAAUUUUGUUUUUCAGCCAGCUCUUGAUUCAUAUAAAAAUGGAUAUACUCCAAAUCCUGAUGUAAAUUGUAAUAGAUAUAUUAAAUUUGGAUCAUUGUUUGAAAAAAUUGAACAAAUAAUUCAAGAAAAAUAUUCAAAUUGCAACAAAUGGUGGGUCGCGACAGGUCAUUAUGCUACAGUUAAAACACAUAUCCCAACUAGUUCAUCACAUUUAUUACGUUCAAAAGAUAUGAACAAGGAUCAAUGUUUAUAUUUAUCAAGAGUUUCUCAAAGUUCUCUUCGUCGAACCCUUUUUCCUUUAUCAAAUUUUACAAAACCUGAAGUCCGUAAGAUUGCCAAGAAGUUUUCAUUACCAACGGCAGAUAAAAAAGAAUCACAAGGACUUUGUUUUGUAUCACCAAAUGCAGGGCGACAUUUUUCAAAUUUUUUAGCUAAUUAUCUUAAUCCUCAGAAAUUAACAUAUAUCGAUAUUUCUACAGGAGAUAUCCUUUCUGUUUCUUUUGAUAAAGGUAUAUGGAAUACUACUAUUGGUGAAUCUUCUAGAAUUUAUAUACCACAAGCAAAAAAUAAAAUUAAUGGAAAAUGGUUUGUUGCUGAUAAAAAUCCAUCAAAAGGUAUUAUAUAUUUAUGUAGAGGAUGGGAUAAUCCUGCCUUAAUGAAAAAUAUAAUAUAUUGCAAAUCAUGGCAUUGGAUAGAUUCAUCUUUAGAAGAAUAUGGUGAAGUUAUUGGACAACUAAGACAUAGACAAAAACCUCAAAAGUGCUAUAUAAGUAGAUAUAAAAACAAUAUGAUCAAAAUUGAAUUUGAAAAAAUGCAACGAGGAAUUGCACCUGGACAAAAUGUAGCUGUAUGGAAAGACAAAGUAUGUUUAGGUGGAGGUGUUAUACAUCAGGUAGAAUAG